AUGUGUCCCUGGCGCCCUGCUCUCCUCGUGGUGCUCGUUUCAGCCUUCCACGACGACGACUGCGAGGUAGCGGGUCAGCCCUGGCGGCAGCUGAGGGAGGAGCUGCUGUCCCAAAACUGCGCAGCUGUCGAUGGCUGGGCGAACCAUGGGAAUGGAGCGGCUGAAUGUGAGCUGGGAGCAGCUGCUGUGUGCCUGUGCCGCGCAGACGUUAGUGGCGCCAGAGCUUGCUUGCACAAGAUCUCCCUGCAGAGGAUGCUCGCCACGCGUUGGCCGCUCCUGAAGCUCAUGGCGCAGCUGCAGGGGACGAGCCAGGCAGGCGCUAUGGCGCGAGGCUGCGCGGGGCUGUGGCAUCCCUCCUUGGAUUGGGAGGAAUGGCGGCACCAGGUCAUUGCCUUUGCAAAGGAGACCCCUCUGUGGCUGGACGGCCAGGUGGAGCAGCCCACUUCACUGGAUGAAGCGCUGGGAGCGGCACAAGGUGUUGUUUGGAAGUCUGGGUCAGAUGCUGUUGCAGAAGGGCGCACAAUAGCCAUGUGGACGUCCAUGUGUCCGCUGGGAGUUUUGUCGGCCUUCGCAGUGAGGGCGGUGUCCUUGGUCUUGGGACAUAGCGAUGUGUAUCGCAUUGUACAGCGUGCUAUCGAAACUGCAGAGCGGGCCAUGAGCAAUCUGGAGGAUGUUCUCCACUCGUCAUGGCCAAUUUUUCAGGUCCUUCAUGUGAUGAGCCUUUUGAAACGCAGCCUGCACGACACUCGCUUGACAGCAGCCGAUUUGGAGGUGGCCACUCCAAACGUCCAACGCUCGACUCUGUGGCACCAAGCGAUGCGGUCCCUGACCGCGGCUGCGGCCGCUGCCUCUGCAGGGCCCAAGGUGGUGAUCAUGACAGGUUUGUACGCACAGCGAGUGGGUCAUCUAUUGGAUCUCUUCAAACAUGCUGAGCGCUUGGGCUAUUUGGCGCCCUUGGUCUUAGUGCCCAUGCUCCCCAACGUCACGGAGAGCUGCGAAACCAUCGCGGAGCUCUUUCUGCAGAGGAUCACUGAGAGUCCGUGGAAGGGGACAUGGUCUCCCUGCUUGCCCUUUGUGUCGCAAUUCCGCGCUCAGUAUUUGUACCUCUACCUGGCCUUGCAGUUGGAUCUGCCAGUGCUUUGGUUUGACUUCCACCUGGUUCUGCUGCAGAAUCCCUUCCUGUGGCUGCCAAAAGCAGUAGAGGGUCGCCUGGAAAUGCCCUCCUACCGGGAGCCGUGCCAACGCUAUUGCGUUACACAGGGUGAGCCAGACAUCUACUUGGCGGAUGAGUUUUACGCACCCCACUUGGUAAAGCCAUCGCUCAUGUUAUUGAGGCCGACAGCCACAACCAAGCAAUGGCUGCGCGACUUUCUACACUGGUUGUCGACCUUCCCGUUUGCUCACGAAGCGCGCGGCCUGCAGUACAUGGUUUUUCCGGAUCGCUUGGACAUCAUCCCAUCCGUCUCCAUGCUGCCAUCCAAGGAG